CAAUUUUGACGAAAAAAUCGAAUAGCACCAACUUAAUUAAUCUAAAAUCAACCUAAAAUCAUAGUUAAGUACGCGACAGCUUGUAAGCUCGAAACAGUACGUGCUAACGCUUCUCAGCACGACCCUUAAAAUAGAAAAUAUUGUUAUUCGUAUUAUACAAAAAUAGAAAUACUUUGAUAUUCAUUUGUCGAAUCACGAAAAAACAAUUCUACCGUUCUUCUUCUUCUUUUUUUUUUUAAACGUUAUCCCGUGUCGAUUGUUAAAUACAGUUGGCUUGCAAGGCUGUAAAACUUCCCGCAGUUCAUUCAACUCCUCGAAUCGAGGAUCCUUCGAAACACCCACGAAGUGCCGAACCGUUUCUCCUAAUUAGUCGAGUAAUUAUAGACACCUCAUUCUCGCUAUCUAAAGGAAAUUCACAUUCUUCAGCGAAAUGGUUAGCUCUCACGCGUUCGUGACAAACGUAAAAUAAAUUAAUCACUGCUCGGUUCCCAGUGUAAUACGGUGUGUCACUGCGGCGGUAAUAAGUUCGAUUAAAACUCUGUCCGAUUGUUUCAACCGCCCGAGGCUUCUCACUUCGUUUAACAGUUAGUUAAAAUUUCCUAAAACGGCGAAUUCAUACCGAGCUUCGUACCGAAUUCCAGCCGAGCUCUCUUCUGAUACCUCACGUUCACUCUGAAAAAAUAAUUGGCGUAAUUGAACAAUUUUUCGAUGAAAAAAUAAUUCUCGGAAAAAAAGAUCAUAAAAGGGGUAAUGUACUCACUUAAUCUCUUGCCACUUAAUCAACUCGUUAACGGCAAAAAUAAGGGGCAGAGAACUCAAGAAGAACAGAGGAAGAUGAAGCGGAAAAUCCGUGAUUUUCUCACCCUCCUCUUUCCAGAACGAGCAGAAAACAGCCCCCGAGAAUGCUGCUUGUGCGCACAGACUAAAAAAAGAAAAUCGUGUCAAAAACAUUAUAACAUUGAAUCAACAACGGCAUUCACGAGAGAACGAUAACGAUACUCACGUUAUAAAUGCACUUAAGAACCACACGAAAUUGUUGAAAGGUAGUUUCCUCCAAAUAGAGUACUCUCUAUGUACAAAGCCUACGGAUAUCGUUACUGCAACCGAACGAGCCAACGAUUCGAUAAUCGGUCUAACAAUAAUUUCUAGACUAAUCCUUGGAUAUGAGACUCACCUAAAUGUAAAACUAACAACGACAAAGCAAAAUGCUGUACCACUAAGACGACAUUUGGUUUGGCACCCCAGCCACCCCAUGGCACCUCACCCCUGGACUCGGGGUACACGUAAAGACACUUGGCGUCCAUGUUCGCGUAAAUGGGGCACAGUGUCAUAAACGAGAUACACUGCGAUAAAACUAUAGUUAUAAUCGUGGGUAGAAACUUGCUACCGUAGCACCACAGAACGAACAAUGCGAUCUGUAAAACGAAAGAAACAAUAUCAUCUAGCAAGGCUCGGAUAGCAGAUGGUGUUGGAUACUCACUUGUCCGUUUAUGGUGCACUGAUUCUUGCCAGUGGCACGUUGCAUUAUAGUGGUGUCUUUCGGCGUGGCGAUCAUUGAUAUCGAUAGCAUUGGAAUGAUUAAGCAACUCAACCAUAAGACCUGAUCGACGGAGAACAAUGGCGGCAGCAGCAGGAAGCUGGACAGAGCUUGCGUGAAGGAGAGUGUGACCGUGCAACAGACCCAGAAUUGCACGCAAUUCCAGAGGCACUUCAUGUAAUGACGAGCCUGCAAAACAGUCGAUUCUGUGUGAAGCAUCGUUCGCCAUUUAAAUUGAAACCGUGGAGAAUAAUAUUCGAGAUUCGAACGAACAUAAAUUCUCUCAUUUAUAAUAAUGUUUUACCGGUGUUCAGGGUAAAUUUCAAAAAUGAAACGGGUACAGAGUGUGAUCAGUGAGAUUUACCUCCAUAAUCAAAUGGAAUAUGGCGAUCGGAUCCUCGCGCUUCACGCUCAACGAGCACGCAACAGAGUUCAACGCUCUGCUUAUGUCGACCGGAGAUGGGCCUUGGUCUUCUCUCGUUAGAGUUAGUACAGGAAUUCUCUGGCAAACUUGUGGGUACAACGGUUCCACGGCGACCCUAAAAUUGCAUCGUUCGUUAAAAUGAUGCUGAACGCAGCGCGGAAUAAUAAUAAUCGAGCAACGCCGAUAACUUCUCGCUGUCGGGCAGACAUUUUUUUAUAUCCCACUUUUUCUGCAAAAUUAUUUCGAACUUAGAGCGAGAUGGUGCACGUCGCCGAAGUUCCCUGUCGCAGGCCAGGGAACUUGGAUAAACGUUCAAUGUUCGGGGACGAGACUCUGAAGUAUCUACAACCAGCUACGAGACGACCGAUGGCAUACAACAGACCUUACGGAAAGCCAACCAUACAACUCGAGUCGGACACAACGUAUAAGAGAUCCUAUAUGAAAUUUGAUCGCGUUCCCCAACGGAGAUUUAAUUACGGUGAUCACGAGAAGAUAAAGAAUAAAAUCGCCGAGAGAAUGGCCACCGACACUGUCUACAAACUGUCUUAUCAGAUUCUGCAAGGGAAAAUACCGCAGCCUUUUCUCCCAAGACCACGUUUGUUCAUCGAAGGAUCACGAGACUUUGAAACCACUCACAGGCUGUCCUACAUGGACCCUGGACUCGUGAAAGUGAAAUGUUACAAACCGUAUCGAGCGAAGCAUGUUCCUUCUGUUCUAAUGGAGAGCGAGUCAGUGACAAAGGGAUCUUAUCAAAACUUCGCUGUGCCUGUUAUUAAAAGGCCAAGGAAAUCAACGUUCUGGCAGACGAAAGCAAAGACGGACUACCAGACCACGAGUCAGUUGUCCUAUCAGUACAUAGGACCUGUUCCUAGAAGCAUCAGGAUUAAACCUAAACGAGCAGUGAUCAAUGCUCGAAUAGAGGACGAUACUAUUUUUAAAACUAGCUACAUGAUGCCAGGUCGUCUCGUCGCCAAGGAAAACGUAGCUUCAGAAUAAUAUUUUAUCUUUUGUAUUGUAUAUUCCAGUCUCUAAUAAAUGUGUACCGAUAAUGA